CCGAACGGCGGCGCCUGCACGGCUUCCCUCCAGGGCCGUAGGCGACCCGAGGAGGAAGAGGAGGAGGAGGAGGAGGAGGAGGAGGAGGAGGAGGAGGAGGAGGAGAAGAAGAAGGAGGAGGAGGAGGAGGACAGGUCGCCUAAGCCCUUCGGAGAAAGCCUCCAGCGGCGCCUCCUUCCACCGGCGAAAGAGGCACUGCAGCUGCGCUGCCGCAGCGGAGCCACGCGCGAGGGCAGCGUUGCAGAGCCACUGGCGCGAAAAGGCUUCGGCGGCGGGCCGCUGGCCGCUGCGGAGGAGCCUGUGCAAGACGAGGCCAGCACGAGGAGACACAUCGGGCAGAGGCUGAGCCGUCGGGGUCGGCGACUGCACGCCCGAGGCCCGCUGAGCCAGCGCCAGGCGCAUACAGCACUCAAAAGUCUGUGCCGUUCGGCGACAGAGGUGCAGGAAGGGCAGGAGGAAGAAGCAUGCCCAAACAUGCGACCGCGAAGCGGAGACAGGGCAGGGAGGAAACCAAGAAGCGCGGCAAGUGCGAAGUCUGAUGCGAACGAUGCACUAAACGAAUAGGACAUGCGCUGCAAUUCGCAGCCUGCCUGCAGGAACCCUGGCGAAAACGACGACCUCGCGUCUCAAGAGCAGCUGUGAAACCGUGACAUGAACGCAGCAGCAUGGAAACCCUAAACAGCACGGCGCAUGAGAAGACGCAUGGGGUCUGAAAACAAAACUUAGGAUGGGAUGGAUGGAACAGCCAUAAGGUCAAGUCACAUGACUACACCGCGCGCGGGCGCCCCGCGGGACGCGCCCGGGGCGCCGCCGGCGCGCUCACACCUUGGCCGAGGCAGGCCCAGAUACCGUCACCUACCAACCCCCUCCGGCGACCCCCGCGGGCACGGCCUCGCGGGGGCCAACGGCCAGGGAGGGAGUCGGUCGGUACCUAGGUACCCCGGGCCUGCCCCAAACGGGCCACGACACGACGGACGGCACGACAGCGACGGCGACGACACGACGGGGAGGACGGGCCACCAGGCACGACCCCAACACGGCGAACCGGGGAGGAGGUCCCGGCCGUGCUGGGGGCUGCGCACCCGGCGACCCCCCGGGGGAAGGGGACCGCGCUUUGGCGGCCAUCCCACCGGGUGCGGGGGCUUGGCGCCCCGGAGGUCCAGCGCCCCCCGCCUGCGCCAGAGGGCUGAACAGCCCGACCCCACUCUUGGGGGCCCCCC